GUAGACUUGUAGGUUGUGUGCAGUGUUUGUGUGUUUCGUGGUGUUUAUGUGCGGUGUCCUCUUUCCAAACCAGCAUACCCGGAGAUUAAUUAUUCAAGGACUAUCAGCUGGAGCACGGACAUACAAUAUUACAAGUGGAUAUCAGGUGGAACUGCAAAACUCUGCUUCGUCUUCUUUCCUGCUGGUUCCUUAACUGCCUCAAUCUGUUGCGUCUUUUGGUGCUAAUACACACUAAGACUUGAACCAGACAAGAGAACUGCUACAAGUGGAAUACCUUGCUUUUAUGUGGCACUUCUUCUGUCUUUCAUCUUUUUUCUCAAAUGCUCGUCACCAACAAACAGUUAAGUCUCGGUCGCUCCCACAGUUGGGAUACUUUAGGUGGAAAUGAGGGUCAGUGGGACAGGAUUGAGAGUGUCUAUGAGCAGCAGGCAAGAGUAGCUGGCCGGCGGAGCUCUCUGUCAUACGGUGAGGGGGGAGGAGGGUGGUACGAGCCUGCCGCAGGGGUGCGUCCUCCUGACCUGGAUUUGAAGCGGGACCCAUAUUCCUACCAAGACUACAGACAGGUUUACCCAGGGGGUCUGAGGAAAGGUUCUGUGCCAGACCUGAACCCCUACGAACGAGCAGCCAUGGCUCACAGAGGAUCCAUUCCGCACCAAGAUUACUACCCUCACGAUCCGGCCAUGACUCCUCGUGCACCUGAGGGCUUUUAUCGCCCUGAGCACCAGGCUCCACCACCUCACCCUCAUCCGCUCAGUAGGUCAGGCUCUCAUUUUGGCCUGGCACCCGUGGCUCGUGCUGGGUGGGAUCAAGCUCAGGGCGGGAGAGGAGGACCUCAAGCCCCGCCGUCAAAUUUACCUCCUCCUCCGUCUACGCCGACUCAAGAACUGAAUCGGGCUUACAGAGAAUCUGGUGUGACCAAGAUGAUGCCUGACAGUCAGCGCAGACCGUCUAGGGAUACGUCUCCUGCUCACUACAGCAUGGAACAUGCAUCUCCUCGCUAUGCAAAUGAGCCUCCACCUCUGGCCGGUCAGUCUGUCUAUACUGAUGUUAACGGUCGUCCGCUGGACCCGCAACAGCAGGCUGCUACUUGCCUAGUAGUAGAUCCUCCCAAUCAGGGUAUGAUAAUGAGGCAGGAGACAGCCUCCCCCUAUACAAUCCAGCAACAGCAACAAUUGCAGCAGCAACAACAAAUACAACAGCAGCAACUGCAGCAGCAACACCUGCAACAGCAACAACUGCAGCAACAGCAACUUCAGCAGCAACAACUCCAGCAGCAGCAGCAACAGCAGCUUCAGCAGGAGCAGCUGCAACAGCACUUGCAACAGUCUUUGCCGCCUCCCAACACCAUGCUCAUCCCCGAGCCUAAACUUCCCGUGGCAGCUUCACUUCCUCCUCCUUCGCCCGCCCCCGUGCAGCCCACCGCAGUCGCCCAAGUUGCACCUGCUCCUUUGCAGGCAGCGCCAACUCUGGCCCCUCCAAUUCCUCAACCUCCCGUUCCUCUUCCCGCCCCUCCGCCCACGGCCCCGCAGACACCUUUACCUGUGGAUCCCAAGAGGACAGUCGAUCCUGAGUUUCUUGCCCUGUUGCGAAAUGAGGGCAUCUCUGAGAGCACCAUCUCCUCACUUAUCCAGCAGGGAUUUGACUCCACCAGCAUGCUGGCUGUCAUGGAGGAUAAUGAUGUACGCACAGUGGCGCCCAACCUCGGGCAGGCGCGUGUACUUUCUCGCGUGGUCCAAAACUGCAAGCGGCCCGCUGAAGCUCCACCGGCUCCCUCUCAGCCUCAGACACCCGUGCGAGGGCGUUCUAAUAGUUUCAGCCAUCGCUCGGAUGUCUAUCACCAGCAGCAGCACCACCACCAACCUCUACAUCCGCCUCAGGCGUUGAAUGUCGACCCUCUCCUAAUCCCCCCGCAGACACCUGGGGCCAUGCAGACCAUCUCACCAAGGAUGGGGGAGGUAAUAGGCAGAAGGCCCAGUAGCGCACCCUCUCAGCACCUCCUGGAAGCCUCUGGAGGUUACCCAGGCCAACCACCUCGUUCCCCAGGGCCGUAUGUAGGAGCCAUGAUGCCCGUUCAGUCAAGACCAAUGUCUGCAUAUUCAUCAGGGUUGACCAUGCAAGGGUUGCCUAUGCAGGGUAUGCAGAUCAUGUCACAGCAGAUGACUGGAUCGAUGCCUGCUAUAGCUGGUUCCAUUCACCCCAUGCCAGGUAUGCCCCAGCAGAUGCCCGUCUCCAUGCCAGCUUUACCUCAACCGCCACAGCAGGUACCGAAAGCAUACUCUACCAAUUACACGGUGCCCAUGGAGCUGAUGAAGAGGGACCGGAGCGUGUUGCCGUUUUCUCCCAUGCAUAGCCCUCACCCAAAUGCUCAACUGAUACGAAAGGGUGGAGGACCAGCAGCAGAUAAUGCCCUGGUUCCCGUGGGAGGCCCCAUUCAAGGACAAGGCGCUAUGGUUGCUAACCAGAAGCUAAGUCGCCGCACCGGUCCACCAGUCAUCGUGUCCACUAUGGCAUCUCCAGACACAAGUAUCCGGCCGCAGAUCAUGAACGGCCCCAUGCACCCGCGUCCCCUGGUGGCGCUGCUGGAUGGGCGCGACUGCACGGUGGAGAUGCCCAUCCUCAAGGACCUGGCCACCGUGGCCUUCUGCGACGCGCAGUCCACACAGGAAAUACACGAAAAGGUGCUGAGCGAGGCGGUGGGAGCCAUGAUGUAUCACACCAUCACGCUGACCCGAGAGGACCUGGAGAAGUUCAAGGCGCUACGCAUCAUCAUCCGCAUCGGCAGCGGCUACGACAACAUCGACAUCAAGGCGGCCGGAGAGCUCGGUAUCGCCGUGUGCAACAUUCCCUCGGCGGCCGUGGAGGAGACGGCGGACUCGACACUCUGUCACAUUCUCAACCUGUACAGGAGGAACACCUGGCUCUACCAGGCUCUCCGGGAGGGCACGCGGGUCCAGAGCGUGGAGCAGAUCCGAGAGGUGGCGUCGGGGGCGGCCAGGAUCCGAGGAGAGACGCUCGGCCUGAUCGGAUUCGGUCGCGCGGGUCAGGCGGUGUCGAUGCGGGCCAAGGCGUUCGGCUUCAACGUGAUCUUCUACGACCCGUACCUGCAGGACGGCUUGGAGCGCUCGCUGGGCGUGCAGCGCGUCUACACGCUGCAGGACCUCCUCUACCAGAGCGACUGCGUCUCUCUGCACUGCAACCUGAACGAGCACAACCACCACCUCAUCAACGACUUCACCAUCAAGCAGAUGCGUCAAGGUGCGUUCCUGGUGAACGCGGCGCGGGGGGGCCUGGUGGACGAGAAGGCCUUGGCGCAGGCCCUCAAAGAAGGCAGGAUACGUGGCGCCGCCUUGGACGUCCACGAGUCGGAACCAUUUAGCUUUGCUCAAGGUCCCCUGAAGGACGCCCCCAACUUGAUCUGCACGCCGCACACCGCCUGGUACAGCGAGCAGGCGUCGCUGGAGAUGCGCGAGGCCGCCGCCACGGAAAUCCGCCGAGCCAUCACGGGUACAGCGGACUCAACCGAGCGCGCGCAAACACACGUACGCGGGUGGCAAAAGUACUUGCACACUGUAUGCCGAAUCCCCGACAGCCUGCGAAACUGCGUCAACAAAGAGUUCUUCAUCACCUCGGCGCCCUGGGGAGUGAUGGAGCAGCCGCAACCUCACCCGGAGAUCAACGGCGCCGCCUACAGGUUCCCUCCGGGCGUGGUGGGGGGCGUGGCGCCCGGCGGGAUCCCCCGGCCUUUGGAGGGGCUGCUGCCCGGCGGAGUGCCCAUCGCCCACACCCUGCCCCCCGGUACCCACGCGUCCCAGGCCACCUCCCCCAACCAGCCCUCCAAACACGGCGACCCCAGCAGAGAGCACAUGAGCGAGCCGUGACCAAGCGCCACCGCCCCGACCCGCUCAAGUGCCACAAGCACGGACGGAUGCCCGCCGGGCAACGUGUGGCCCCCGCCCCCACUUAUCCUGGAGGAUCCGACGGAGGACGCGCAGAUGAGACUGUCACAUUCCUCCUGGACUUGCAGGAUGGAAUUCCCAUUUUCCUCUCCCUCCUCUCGCCCUCCUUCAAGGUUUUCCUUCAUUCCAGCAGCAAACGCGUCUGGUGUCGUUUUUGAUUUGUUCCUUCUUCUUUCAAUGUUGUGUUGCAAGUGUUGUUCUGUUUCUGCAAGUGUUACCACGUGUGAUUUUUAGCCGGAGUCGUCGUCUUUAAGGGAAAAAAAACAAAACAUUUUUAAGACCAAAUCAUCCAUUCAGUAAAUUAUAUUUGCAUCAUCAUGAACUAGAAAAGGAAUAAAAACAAAAGCAACAAUUAAAUUCAAGCCAUUCUCAAGUCAUAUCUGAAUAGACACCGAUCUGCAUUGUUUCUUUUCUUCCUUUUUUUUUCAUUUAGUUGAUGUGCAGUUUGGUUGUUAAAUGUUCUUAAAUCAUGUGACCACUCCUAUUUUUUUUUCUUUUUUUUAGCGUGACUGUGUUUGUUCUUGUACAAGGUGAACAUACGGUAUAACAUUACAUGAAGUGCAGCUGGAAACCACCAAUAAAAAAAAAAAAUGUAAAAAAAAUACAUGCUGUUCUGAUUGAGAA